CUUCUAACCCAAAUCCUUCCUUCUGUGACUCCCUUUUGAACAUUCAAAUCCCUUUGCUACUUCAUCACUAUAUACCAACAAUGGUUGAUGCUCUUGUUUCCAGUGUCAUGCAACAAUUGGGCACCAUCAUCCAGAAGGAGGUUGAACAAGAGGUCCGAUUGGUCGUCGGUGUGAAAAACGAAGUCCAAAAGCUGUCCCGUUCUUUCACCAAAAUCCAGGCUGUGCUCAAGGAUGCUGAAGAGAGGCAAAUCAAGGACAAUUCAGUGCGGCUUUGGUUACAAGAUCUGAAAGACGUAGCCUAUGACAUUGAUGAUGUGUUGGAUGAGUGGAGCACUGAAAUUCUCAAAUCUGAAAUACAAGGUGCUAGAAGCAUCAGUCUGACUAAGAAGGUAUGCCCCCCUAGCAACUUGUUUUCUCCUUGCUGCUUUAGAUUCAAGAAAAUUGGCCUGCGCCAUGACAUUGGUCAUAGGAUAAAGGAGAUAAAUGAAAGGGUAGAUGAAAUUGCAAGUUUGCAAGAUAAAUUUCAUUUUAUUGAAACUACUGCUUCUAGAAAUGAAAUCAUGAUAGAUGAUGAUUCAAGUAGGAGGAGUCUAGAAAGUAGCUCCCUUGUUGAUGUCUCGAAAAUAUUUGGUCGAGAUGAGGAUAAAAAUUUCAUAAUAAGCAAGUUGGUAAGCGAGGGCAGUAGUACUCAACAAGAAAUGGUUUCUGAUGAUCAAGAAGUCUCCAUAAUAAUAAUCUCUAUCGUUGGCAUGGCCGGUAUGGGCAAAACUACACUUGCCCAAUUGGUCUUCAAUGAUGAUAGGGUGAAAAACCAUUUCAACAAGAGAAUGUGGGUACAUGUGUCUAAACAUUUUGAUAAAAUGAAGGUUGCCAUGCGUAUUAUUGAAGAAAUCGGCGGUGGUGGUGGGAACAUUAAUGCCUCCCAAGGUGGUCAUCAUGAUAUUGCAUGGCAAUCUGUGCAUCGUCAACUGACUAGUUCUGUUGAAGGAAAGCAUUUCUUACUAGUGUUGGACGAUGUGUGGAAUGAGGAUCAUAGUUUGUGGUAUCCAUUGUCGCUUUCUCUCAAGCGCGGUUCUCCAGGAAGUAGAAUUAUUGUAACAACUCGCAAUGAGAAUGUUGCAUCCAUGAUGGGUACCACAUAUAUACAUAAAUUAGGAGAAUUGUCCGAUGAAGGUUGUUGGGCAGUGUUGAAAUAUUAUGCCUUUCAAGAAAGUAAAAAGGAAGAGUCUAAACAAUUGAAAGAAAUUGGCAUGAAACUUGCUAACAAGUGUAAGGGAUUGCCUCUUUCGGCAAAGACUUUGGGAAGUCUUUUGCAUUUCAAAAAUUCAAAACAAGAUUGGCAAUAUAUAUUGGAAAGUGAUGUAUGGAAGGUUAUAUCAAAUGUUGAUCAACCAAUCUUGCCGGCUCUGUUACUAAGCUAUAACGAUUUGCCCUCUCAUUUGAAACAAUGCUUUGCAUAUUGUUCAAUCAUGCCGAUAAAUGAUUGCUUUGGAAAAUUACCUACAAUCAGAGAAUGGAUCGCACAAGGCUUUCUUGGUGAUAGCUUGGCAACAGGCCGUGGGGAUUUGUUUAAAGUAGGUGAUGAGUGCUUUAAUAGUUUGGUCAUACGCUCAUUUUUUCAAAAAAACAUUAACUAUUCGAAGGGUUUCAUAGAAUAUUAUGGAAUGCAUGAUCUUGUCCACAAUUUUGCAAAAUCCCUUGUAGAAAAUGAAUGCUUUACUUUUACAACUAAGGAUACUAUUGCUCAGGAAUCCAGCUUUAGUAGAGCCCGUCAUUUAUCUCUAUUAACAGAAGAGAUAAGCAUGAUUCCUUCUUCCCUUUAUAAGAUGAAGAAUUUGCGCACUCUUAUAAUCUAUGGGCAAAUUCCUAUAGUUUCUUUUGAGUUAUUUGGUCACUUAACAUGUCUGAGGACACUAGAUUUGGGUGGUGCUUACCUUGAAGAGUUACCAAAUGAGAUAGAGAAAUUGGUACAUCUAAAAUACCUCAACUUGGCCGGGGCAAGGGUUAGAGAACUACCUGAAACACUGACUAGUUUGUACAAUUUGCAAGUACUGGAACUGUCCGCAUGCAGGAAUCUUUUCAAACUACCUGAUGGGAUUGGGCGAAUGGUCAAUUUGUUAAAUCUUGAUUUGACAGAAACUCUUAGACUGAGCUACUUACCAGAAGGAUUUGGGAGAUUAAGCAGGCUGUGUGGUUUGUCAGACUUCAUUGUUGGUGGGGUAAAAGGAGGAGGAUGUAAGCUUGGAGAAUUAAAAGAUCUUAACUUCUUAAAAGGUUCUCUACGUAUAAAAGGUUUGGGGAGAGUGGAAGAUGAAAAUGAGGCUAAGAUGGCAUGCUUGGUGAAUAAGCAUCACCUUCGUGCUGUGCAUUUCUAUUUUAGCCAAUCUACUAGUCUUUCACGAGUUAAUGAGGAUAUCAUUGAUGUAGAUGAAGAUGAAGAUGAAGAUGAAGAAGAAGUUGAUGGGAAAGGUAAAACAAAAGAAGAAGAAGGAGAAGAAGAAGAAGAAGAAGAAGAAGAAGAAGUAGCAAUUUUUGGAGGAGAUAUGUUAUCGAGGAGGAUGAAGGAUGUGCUAGAAAGUCUCCUACCGCACCCAAACCUUGAGAAACUAAAAAUUAGGGACUACCCUGGGGCCGAGUACCCCAAUUGGAUGGGUAGUAAUGCAGACUUCAUGUUCUCUUCCAAUCUUAUUUUCUUGGAACUUUCUGGGUGUAGUAACUGUAAGCAAUUGCCUCCAAUUCUAAAGAAACUACCAUUCCUUGAAACCCUUGUACUUGCUAAAAUGGAUAAAGUGAAAUCCAUAGGAGUUGAGUUUUUUGCCAUUGACAAUGCUACAGAAAGUCUACCAAAAAAAGACAGUGCUAUAGGAAGUGACAAUAAGGUUGACAUUAUAUUCCCAAAGUUGAAAGUAUUUCAGUUGGAUGCGAUGUGGAAUUUGAAAGAGUGGGAUAUGGGAGUUCAAUAUGGGAAAAAGUUUAUCUUUAUGCCGUGUCUCCAGUAUCUUCUACUUAUUGAAUUGCCCAAGUUAAAGUCCUUUCCACCGCACCUUACCCAAGCUACAUCCCUGAGGAAGUUGUUCAUAUGGGAGUGUCCGAAGUUGACUUGGAAGCCAUCUCCAUCCUCUCAUCUUGCUUCUCUGGACGUUGAAGAGUUGGUUUUAAAAGAGAAUGCAGGUUCAUUUUCAAAAACAUUUGUAUCAAACAACCACAUGUUUCUUCCAAAGCUCAAGUUACUGUGUGUGAGAAAAUCACCUUACUCAUCGUUACCUGAAGGCUUAGGGCAACUCACAUCACUUCAGAUUCUGGAUAUUCGAACCUGUUCUAAGAUCAAGUCAAUUCCUGAGAGGGAGUUGCAGCAUCUCACUGCACUCCAAGAGUUGAAGAUCAUGAGAUGUCGUAACUUGAAACUAUGCUUCCUAAAGGAGAUAUGUGAGAAUUGGAGCAAGAUAUCCCACAUCCCAAAAAUCUUUAUUGAUGGGGAGAAGAUCGAACAAGUGGUAACUUCCAGACUAACAAGAGAUGGAGGAAAAAGAAGUGGACAAGACACAAUAGAUCAUAUACUUGAUGAAAGAUAAUCGAGAGUACCCGGCCUCUUCAACUCCUCCGUCGGAAUUCUCAACAUAGAAUCCACUGUCUACCAUUUGAUGAUCAGAGGGAGAGAGAAAUAGUACAAUUCUGUC